AUUUUUUUUUUUUUAAAGAUGGAUAAUGUAUUUGCCUGAAUGUUAAAUUAAAACAAUGAAAAAAAAAAUUCCCCAGCUUAUUGUUCUCUUUUUUUUUUUUCUUCUCCAGAUAAUUAUUUCCAUGUUAAGAACAAGUCUAAAAAACUAUACCAAUAAAGUCAAUUCCCUUUUAAUUCAAAAAAGACUUUAUCAACAAGAAAGAAUCCUUAAUUCACGACAUUAUGGUUUGAUUGGUUUAACAGCGCUUGUUGCAGGAGGCUCGGGGUAUUGGUUUGCAUCAUAUAAUAAUCAGUCCCAAAAACCGUUAGAGCCAUCACCUAAAGUAGUAACAAAGCUGACUACAGAACAAAGGCAGCCUCAAGUCCCUGUUCCGGAUAUUCCAAGCCGUGAAACGAUCACAAAGGUAUUUACUGAACUUCGUCGUAUUCUACCUGAGGAACACGUCUCGGUAGAUGAAGAAUCGCUCAAACAACAUGGUUACUCAUCUAACUCUUAUCAUAAUGAAGGAGCGCCUAAUAUUGUCGUCUACCCUGAAACAACACAGCAAGUCUCUGAAAUUGUUAAAGUUGCAAACCGUUAUGGUGUACCCGUUGUUCCCUUUUCAGGUGGUACAUCUCUUGAAGGUCAUUUUACAGCACCUCGAGGUGGUAUUUCGAUUUCUUUUACUGAACACAUGGAUCAUGUCGUUGAAUUUCAUCCUGAAGAUAUGGAUAUCGUUGUACAGCCAGGUGUACAAUGGGAAGACUUGAAUACUUAUCUAAAACCUCAUGGUUUAUUUUUUCCAAUGGAUCCUGGCCCAGGAGCUUGUAUUGGAGGUAUGGUAGGGACUUCAUGUUCGGGUACAAAUGCUGUACGUUAUGGUACGAUGCGUGAAUGGGUCAUUAAUUUAACCGUCGUUACUCCUACAGGAGAAAUUAUCAAGACACGACAACGACCUCGUAAAUCUUCAGCUGGUUAUGAUCUUACUAAACUUUAUAUUGGUUCUGAAGGUACAUUAGGUGUUGUGACAGAAAUUACACUCAAGUUAGCCGUUUUACCUGCUCAUGAGACAGUAGCGGUUUGUGAUUUCCCUUCUAUCCGUGAUGCAGCUGCUGUUGUACCUGAUCUUAUCCGUGCAGGUAUUCAAAUAGGCGCAGUUGAACUUUUAGAUAGUCUCAUGAUGAAGGCCAUUCGUCUUGCAAACCCUAAACUUGAAUAUGCUCAAGAACGCCCCACCUUGUUUUUCAAGUUUUCUGGUAGAACGGCUGAACAACUGCAAGAAGAAAUUAAAGUAGUUUCAAAUAUUUCCAAGAGUCAUGGAGGCGGUGCCUUUAAAUAUGCUCAUGGAGAGCAAGAACGUGCAGAGUUAUGGGAGGGACGAAAGAUUGCACUUUGGUCAUCGAUGUUAUUAAAGCCAGGUGCUUCACUUUGGACUACAGAUGUGGUCGUGCCCGUUUCAAAGUUACCAGAUCUUAUUGCUGAGACAGAAGAAGACAUUAAGGGAUCUGUCUUGAAGUGUCCUAUGGUAGGCCAUGUAGGAGAUGGUAACUUUCAUUUAUUUAUAUUGUUUGAUAAAGAAACAGAAUAUGAAGAAGCCAAGAAGUUGAAUAAAAAUUUAUUGGAACGUGCUAUUCGUAUGGAAGGUUCUGUAACAGGUGAACAUGGUGUAGGCAUUGGCAAAAAAAUGUUUUUGACUCAAGAAUUAGGACAUAAUACCAUAGAUGUAAUGAAAAAGAUAAAAAUGGCUUUAGAUCCAAAAGGUUUAAUGAAUCCAGAAAAAGUCCUACCUGACAAUUAAAAAAAAAAAAUCAUGCAAUUAAUAAACUUUAGUGGUGUCGUCAUUAUUUAUUUAUUUAUUUAUUUUAUUUUUUUUUUGUGAACAGCUGCCUAUAUGCACACACAUACACACAAAUCGUUUUUCUUUUCUUUUCUUUUUUU